AUGAAGAUUUUGGAAUUAGGUGUAUACCAAGCCACUCUUCAGCUGCGGCAAUGGUGGGUUCCUUUCGCUGGGAAGGGGUCAAGAAGAGGUUUGGAGAAUUGGGUGGAGGAGGAGGAGAAGUGCAAGUUGACGGGCGAAGAGGAACAAGUUCCAAAAGGAUACAUUGGGGUGUACGUAGGAGAAGAGAAAAGGAGGUUCGUGAUUCCAACCAGCUAUCUGUCAAUGCCUGAAAUUAGGAUAUUGAUGGACAGAGCCGGCGAGGAAUUUGGAUAUAGUCAAGAAGGCGGCCUUCAUUUACCCUGCGAACACCAUCAGUUUGAGGAGAUACUUUUCAGAUGCUUCAAAUUGUCUAAAACCAAGACCCUCAGAAAAUUUAGAUUUAUAAUUUAA